AUGUUAUAAUAAAAUAACACAAGUUUUCAAGUCAAUACUAAGAAAAUCUAUUAUUUUUUAUUAGCCUUCCCAUUAUUCUUAGUGGGAUUUUUGAUUUGUUGCAUCUACUAUAUACCUGGAGUUUAAUUAAUGUUUUUGUCAUUAUUUGAUUAAGUAAGUAUGAUAAUUUAUCUAGUGUAAAUAAAUCAAUUUUCUGAGUGGAAUAAAUCUACUAAUUUUGGGAGUAGCAAUGAUAUUAUUAAUGAUGCCAUUUGCUCUAUUUGAAUUUGCGAUUGCGUACACCUGUACAGAUUAUCUAACCCCCAUUUUAAUCGUAACAGCAGCAAAAAUGAUAGGUGAAUAUGCUAGCUUUUUCAUUGGAAAGGAGCUAUCCUUUUUUCUCAAAGAAUUGUUAAAAGAAUUCAAAUUUUUUAAUGCAAUUUAAAAGUUAACUCAACGUAAGCCUUAUAAAACGUAAUUUUUAAUGAGAAUGUCUGGUAUUACACCCUAACUUAUUAUGAAUUAUGGAAUGGGAGUUUUAAGUACUGUGAGUUUUAAAUCGUUUGUUAUUGUUCAAUCAAUAGUUGGGUUUCCCAGCACUGUAUUAGCUGUAUUUAUUGGAAAACAAUUCCACAAGAUUAAAGGUAUUUGAAUAGUAUUGAUUUUCAGAUAUUUUCGAUUCCAAUAGAUCAAUUAACAAUCAAAGUGUUUUGUAUGUUGAAUUUGGAAUAAUAAUGUUCGCAGGACUUAGCAUCGCUUUGCUUGUAUAUUAUGUUGUAAGAGAAUAUACAAAAGUCUUAAGGGAAGAGGUUUUAGUUGAUAAAAAUGAAAAACUAGAUAAAGAAUUAGAAUAAGAUAUUUCUAAUGAUUUGGAAAAAACAUGGGAAGAUAUUGAGUUAUAAAGUGCAAUUUGA